AUACGGACUACAGGUUUUUCAACCUGAACCGACCCGGCGGCGCGGCUUCCACAACAAAAAUUGAAAAGCACUACACACUAUCAAACAAAAAAGUGAUAACGUUAACGGUUUCCCCCGCAGAUGGCAGCCAUCCAUGACAAAUUUUGCCUUCCAUGCAUGCUACGCAAUACGAAUUUGGGCAACUUUUCUGAUGCAUUUCUGCAUCACAAAUUCCGUUAACGUUAACACUUUUCCUUGUGAUACACACCCCUUCACCUCGCGGGCCACAGUGGCCAAGUGGGGUGUCUGCAAGAGUUGCUGGUGGAUACAACGUGGACGAGAACAGCACCUACUUCAAGAAGCGGGGGCACCAGCGCUUCAGAUCGAUGCGCAAAUAGAAAUAAAACCACUUCGAAGGCGGAGAUGAAAACAUUAGCAGAGGAAGAAGCCGCGAGUGAUGUUGGUGCAGCUGCUGCAGGAGCUGUAGAAGUUCCGUCUGUAGUCGUGCAGAGGAAGAUGCCGCCCUGGGAUCAUUCUUGUAGCAGUCCGGUAAACCCACUGCUGCUCACGGUGGAUGACAAGUCUGCCCGCUACCUUGCACGCUACAACUUCACGAGCUGCAAAUUGUUGCGGCAAGCGGAAUAUCAAAUGCACAUCAUUAUGUCUGGCGGAUCGUGUGGUGGAAAGAUGCAGCUGAUUUGUCUUGCAGAGAGGUCUCUGACAACUCUUGUGCGGCAUGAGACCAUGACACGUUUUUCAGGUCGAAUGUUUGUUGCAAUAAACUCAAACUCAUUCGUGUCCUGCAUCACAGAUGAUCUCGCUGCCCUCCAAUGAACCUCGCAUCACUAAUUCGGAUCCAGAUAUAGUUGUUGCAAUGUAUACGGAGGACCAGUUUUUGUAUGAGCAGUGCGAGAGGAGGAAGACCUCGAGAAGCCGAAGCCGCGAACCUGAUAAUGUGGGCGGUACGGAGACGGGCCACAUCUGGAAAACGAAACUAUCAAACGAAGGCCGCCAAGCAGCGAUAUUCCACGAACCGCUUGCGGAGCUCCUCAAAAUGAUCUACGACGUAGACGGCAAGACGAGGAAAACGACUAGCAGUAGCGCUUCUCGCGAUGGAACAGAAGCCUCAAGGUCUCGUCCGCGGAUGCUACAGAUUGCUGCACCACUCGAAAUCUGCCGGCUGAAGGGGCAACUGGGGAGAAAAAUUUUGGAAAUUUGUCACCGGGGAACCACGAGGAAGAUAAGCCCUGCUGCAGAAACACCUGCAGGGGCCCCCGGAGCUACACCAUCUUCCGGCAAGCUGUCUUCAUUAUCGUUGUUCAGUUCAGCCAGAACGAAAGCAACACGGGGAACAGCAUCUGAAGAGACGGGCGCGGGGUCUCCAAGAACAGCACAAAAUACCACCGGCGUUGGUGCCUUCGAUUCGAUAUUAGCCGAGCUGAAACAGUUCCUCCUCCUGCUCUUACCGAUCUUGGAAGUGAGUGUAAAGGACAGCAAACAACUUUGCGCGAUUUUGGGGCAUUUGUUCCAGAUGAGUGCACUUGCGACUGCGAAUUUUACUUCCGACGGGGGCGUAGGCACAGCAUCAUCUGGUGGUGGUGGGACGAUGAUGGAAGUCGACGUGGUAAGCGAGGCUAUUAACGAAUGCAUGGUCGUUGCGAGUGCGACUACCUCUUCGACACAAACACCUGCGGCGCAGAUGAGCAAAAAUCUUGCAGCGACGACUGGCUCGGACGGCACGGUGACAACGAGCGUCCUGCUACAGCAGAACAUCGACAGGAAGCCUUACCUGACCAAAACGAACCCGACCGGGCGAACCCUGCUGCAGCUGGCGAUUUUGCGCAACGACCACGCGCUCGUGAAAUUGUUGUUACAGUACCGCGCCGACUGCUUUCUGCAGGAAAAAACCACCGGUUGGUCCGCGCUGCAUUUUGCAGUAAAUGUAGCAUCGUCUGCUACCGCAGCGCGUUCAACAAACUUGUUUAUCAUCAUGGAGAUUCUGUCGUCGCACAACGGCGGAAGAAAAGAAGAAGACGACGGCCACAACACGACAUCGGGACGAUUUCGUCCACCAACGGUGAAGAGGAGCGGCCCACUUUCAACAACGGCGACCUCCUCUUUGGUCAACCAAUGCGACCGGUUUGGUUUUCCACCCUUGUUCGAAGCCAUCUCGAGUUACCGUGUGGAAGUGGCUUCUACUACAGCGACGAGUGCGGCGACGGCUUCUGUUCCACUUCCUACAGAGCGUCGUGAACUACGUCAAGAACCUGUGGAGCUGCAACAGCAAGGACAAGCAGCGGUGUCUGAGGAAAUCGUAAGACUGCAUAACGAGAAGAAAAAACUCGCCUUCACGAACCUAGUCCAGCAGAUGUUGCUUCUGUUGCACUACGGAGCAGAUAUAAACUUCAGAACGACUAGCCCGGAUGACGAAUCCUUCCUUACUGUGCUGGCGAACACGAAAACAUUAUGGGAGUGCACAACUCGUCCCCCUCCCCCUCAUUUGUGUCACGUCAUGAACAGCAAUACAAACCCCAGCACGCUUCGAGCCUGUGGUGCAUGACAAGUUCUUAGGCGCCGCAAUAAAGUGGAGCACUGAAGACCUGUCAUGCAAACCUUGCCACAAGGCGGCAACUGUAUUUUUGUUUUUGCAUGACAAACGAGGGGGAGUUCUUGUGCACUCUCAUAAACGUUUGACAAUCGCGAGAAGGACAUUCUGAAGCGGAUAGCCGUAGCGAACGGGUUAUCCUGUGCAAAAGUAUCGUACUCGUAUUGCAAUCAUGCAUUACAAAUCCUUCACUUAAGGCAAGUCCGCAUUACAAAUUUCAUUUCUCAUGCUGAGGAAAUUUGUAUAUGCAUUUAUACGAGUGCGAUUAUACUUUUGCAGUUCAUACGGGUACGUCGAACGGGCGGUGGAGCAAAACGAAGGAGGUUUGGUGGAAGAUGAUGUUGAAAUAAAUACGGAACGAUCCAUCUCUGUUGGUGUCGGCAACGCCAACACAUCAAACACUGGGUCGUGUAUUGUGCCAAGAGAAAUAUACGACGAGUUUCUAGCUUUUCACGUUUCAUCGUCGAGCAGUACCCGCUCCGUUCUCAAGAUUUUAGCGGGGUCGUGAUGAACUGCUACUGCAGAUGGCUCCGCCCCUACGGGAGUGUCAGGUUUGAUGAAAGAUGAAAUGGCUUCUCUUCUCUGGAUUUUUGCUAGAAAAGGACGCCGUAUCAGCUUUCUACGUACAAAAAUUAUAUACAGGUUCGCUGUGAGUGUGAAUGAUUUUGUCAAUCUCGAUGUCAGUCAGUAUAAAAGUGUGUUUGAU